AUGUCAAACCUUGACAAGACCGUGAAACUCGCUUGUAAACCCAAAAACGCCGCUCCAAAGGCAAAAGUCUGUGCUGAUACAACAAGUGUACUUGUCGCUGCUACUUACUCCGACGAUGGGUCUAUUUUAGACAUAUGUCGUUCUUUAUCAUUACGGCUAAGAGAACCUAACGCUGUGGUGGUUUUCAAAGCUUUGUUGGUUUUACAUCAAAUGAUUCGAUCCGGAUCAACAGACCAAUUAUUGGAUGUCCUGAGUCAAGGAGAUAUUUUGAGGUUGCGUAACGUCGGUGGACAGAAUUGGGAUGGAUACAACCCCCCAAGUAACAUGUCAAACUACGCCACAUACUUAGAUAUACGAAUAAGAGCAUAUAGAGAGAUUAAACAUGAUCUAGUGCAAGUACAAACGGAAUCGAAUCGAAGAAGCAAUGGUUUGGGCGCGGGUUCCAAAGCGAGGAGGUUGAGACAUUUGCCGGUGGAAAAGGGAUUGUUAAGGGAGGUCAAACAGGUUCAAAGGAUUCUUGAUUCUCUGAUUUUAUGUAAGUUCUACGAUGACGAUCUACGAGAAGAAAACACCGUCUUGGCAUUUCGUAUGUUGGUGAAAGAUCUUCUGGUCUUAUUUCAAGCAGGUAAUGAAGGGGUGUGCAACAUCCUAGAACAUUACUUUGAGAUGUCAAAACUCGACGCCACGGAAUCUUUCCAGAUUUAUAAAUCUUUCAUCAAACAGACCGACCGCGUCGUGGACUAUCUCGCUGUCGCAAGAAAAUUGCAUAACAUCGUCAAUGUUCCUGUACCUAACCUGAAGCAUGCUCCGACGGGGCUGGUCAAAGCUUUAGAGGAAUACCUAAACGAUCCGAAUUUUGAACAAAACAGACAGGAAUACAGGAAAAGUCUGGGAGUCGUGGAAGGAAAGGCAAGAACUCCGAGUCCGAAUCCCCCUUCAGCCAAACUCACCUCUCCGCCAUCACCCAAGUCCGCGCCUCCAAUCGCGACUUCAGUUCCCGGUCCUUCCGCUCCCGCUGGAGCCGACCAGAAGAUACAAGAUUUCUUCGACUCGAUUCAAACCAACAAUCAACCGACUAUGUUCCCUGGUCCCGCUCAGAGUCUUGGAUACUCUCAAACGGCUGCAUUCAAUCCUUUCAGGCAGAGCACCAUGUUACCUCAACAAACCGGGUUCAUCCCUCCCCAAGCUACCGGAUUUGGAAUGCCAUCGACUCAACCUUUCAUCCGACCGCAGAUGACUGGGGCUUUGGCGUUUGGAAAUCGACAGACCAUGUUUGUUGGUGAUUUUGGUCAACCUCAACCUCAACAGUUCAUACCCCAACAAACGGGCUUCCAAUCUCAACCACAACCAUUACAGUCCCAGCAGACGGGCUUUAUUCAACCUCAAACCACUGGGUCCAACCCAUUCCGCCAGUCCAUGUUCAGUGGUUCAAUGGGAUCUAUCGGUCAAUCUGGUCCUUUCUCCCAACCUCCCACGCCUUUUUAUCCGACAGAUUUCUCGCAGCCUCACGCCGGCGGAAUCAGCCAGAUUCAACGACCUGGAUCAACACCAGCACUGGGAAGCGCGAGUCUUACGAAACCCCUACAAGCUCAAGCAACUGGAUCCAAAAACCCUUUUGCCCCACCUGGCGGUGUCCCUGCGCCUCUACCGCCACCUCAACAGAAAGGUCCGAACUUGAACCAACUAGCCAGUGGUGCGUUCGGUCAACAUCCACCAUCUUCGUUUCAACCCGCUCUUCAAUCUCAUCAGACUGGUCAAACCCAAGGAUCAUCUCCAUGGUCAACGUCUGGUCAGUCCAAUGUCACCGGAGGAACAGGGAACGGUAGCGCUAUGGCCGAUAUCGCUUCCGCUUUCACUCUCGACAACUCGAAUAACAAUACGGAAUUCUUAGCACCUUUUGGUGGUUCUUCAACUGCUACCUCGUCAAAUUCCCAAUUCGCAGGAAACAACACCCCGAACUUUUUGAACUCACAAUUCACGGGAUCAACAUCAUCCAAUCCUCUACAUACGCAACCUACCGGAUUUAUACAACCUCAACAAACGGGUUACGGUGGUAGUUUCAUCAAACCUUUCAAACCUACCUCAAACUUUGGUAAUCAAUUGGUAGAAUCUUUACCCCCAAUACCCGAACCUUCUCCCGUUCAAUCGCCCAAUCAAUCUGGUCAUCCGGGUCAAGUACAGGCUCAACAGACAGGAUUUCCGUUUGGUGGACAAGGUCAAGGGGGAGUUCAAUCACAACACACUGUCGGUUCGGGACAAAUAGGGAGUCAGGGAAUAGGAGGAGGAUUCAUACAACCUCAACAAACCGGUCCUAACCCUUUCAGACAAUCUUUAUUCUCUACCUCAACUGGACAACCUCAGGUCGGUGGUGCAGGUGGAGGUGGUGUAGGUGGACAUCCGUUCGGCGCUGGAUCACCUUUUGCAGGACAAAACCAACAGCCGUCGGGACAAUUUGGUGGAUCUUUAAUAUGA